CCGAGGGGCCGCGGCCCGCACCCCCUGUCCUUCCCUCCCCACCCUCCCCUCCGCCCCCCGUCCCCCUGCCCGGUGGCGGCCCGGGCCCCGCCAUGUCCUACAACAAGAUCCCGCCGCGCUGGCUCCACUGCCCCAGGAGGGGGCAGCCCGUGGCAGGGAAGUUUUUACCUUUGAAGACAAUGUUAGGACCAAGAUAUGAUGAUCAGGUUGCCGAAGAAAAUCGUUUUCACCCAAGCAUGUUGUCCAACUACUUAAAGAGCCUGAAGGUUAAAAUGGGUUUGCUGGUGGACUUGACCAACACUACUAGAUUCUAUGAUAGGAAUGAUAUAGAGAAAGAGGGAAUUAAAUAUAUAAAGCUCCAGUGUAAAGGGCAUGGUGAGUGUCCUACACCUGAGAAUACAGAAACAUUUAUCCGUGUAUGUGAACACUUCAGUGAUAAGAAUCCCUCAGAGCUUAUAGGUGUCCAUUGCACGCAUGGUUUCAAUAGAACUGGAUUUCUGAUCUGUGCCUUUUUGGUUGAAAAGCUGGACUGGAGUAUUGAGGCAGCUGUGGCUACUUUUGCUCAGGCUAGACCACCAGGUAUUUAUAAAGGUGAUUAUUUGAAGGAAUUAUUCCGUCGUUAUGGAGAUGAAGAUGAUGCACCAUCACCACCUGAGUUACCAGAAUGGUGCUUUGAGGAAGAUGAAGAGGAGGACGAUGACAAUGGUAGAACAGGAGGCCAAGAAUCAGAACCUGGAUCAUCAAGCUCUUCCUUUGGCAAAAGGAGAAAAGAACGCCUAAAACUGGGUGCAAUUUUCUUGGAAGGUGUAACAGUUAAAUGUGUGACCCAGGUGACAACGCAACCAAAGUUAGGAGGAAUACAGCAAAAGUGCCAGCAGUUCUGUGGAUGGGAAGGGUCUGGAUUCCCUGGAGCACAGCCUGUUUCCAUGGACAAGCAAAAUAUUAAAUUUUUGGAGCAGAAGCCAUACAGAGUUAGCUGGAAAGCAGACGGCACACGGUACAUGAUGCUUGUUGAUGGCAAGAAUGAAGUUUAUAUGAUUGAUCGAGACAAUUCAAUUUUUCACGUAUCUAAUCUGGAAUUUCCAUUUCGCAAAGAUCUUCGCACACAUCUAACAAACACUCUUCUAGAUGGGGAAAUGAUCAUUGACAAGGUUAACGGACAGGUUGUUCCUCGGUACUUGAUAUAUGACAUUAUUAAGUUUAAUGGACAGCCGGUUGGAGAUUGUGAUUUUAAUGUUCGGCUUGCCUGUAUAGAAAAAGAGAUUAUAUUUCCACGACAUGAAAAAAUGAAGACUGGCCUUAUUGACAAAGCACAGGAACCGUUCAGUGUUCGAAACAAGCCAUUUUUCGACAUCUACGCUUCAAGAAAGCUCCUGGAAGGAAGUUUUGCUAGAGAAGUUAGCCAUGAAGUGGAUGGACUGAUAUUUCAGCCUACGGGAAAAUACAAGCCUGGUCGAUGUGAUGAUAUUUUGAAAUGGAAGCCACCCAGCCUGAACUCUGUUGAUUUUCGUCUAAAGAUAACAAGAAUUGGUGGAGAAGGGCUACUCACCCAGAAUGUUGGUCUUCUUUAUGUUGGAAACUUUGACAGACCUUUUGCACAAAUUAAGGUAACAAAAGAACUGAAACAGUAUGAUAAUAAGAUUAUAGAGUGCAAGUUUGAGAACAACAGCUGGGUCUUCAUGAGACAGAGAGUAGACAAAAGCUUUCCAAAUGCCUACAGCACUGCCAUGGCUGUGUGCAAUAGCAUCCAGAACCCAGUCACGAAGGAGAUGCUGUUUGAGUUCAUCGACAGGUGUACGGCAGCUUCCCAAGGACAGCCACGGAAACACCACCUCGACCCUGACACCGAACUCAUGCCGCCCCCGCCGCCCAAGAGGCCGCGUACCAUCACAUAAGUCCUUGGGCUCAGCGGAUGGUGUGUUUACACUGCUGCAGAAGGUGAAAUACGAGUGUGAGGGCUGGAAAAAAUACCUGAAUUGCUGUAAAUACCUAGGUGUGUUUUUCCUUGUUUUCUUUUUUGUUUGCUUUUCUCCAAAUUCCACAUCAUGAAUGGACGUUGGUUUGUAACUGACAAAGUCAACCUUACCGUCUGGUAUUUGAAGAUGAAAUUUCCAAAGGUUUAGACAAGAACAGUACAGUGGAAUCAAGGGAAAGCUGCCUUGUUUAUAUACGGAUAUCUUUUCACGUUUAAUUUAUAAUGUCAGCAAUCUGGAACUGCAAAAACAUUGGAAUGCUGUACUUUUUAGAAGCCGUGCUUAAAAAAAAGAAAAACUUUUUUUUUUAUUAUUAUUGUUAUUCAACUGGUUGCAGUUUGUCACCCAUAGUAUAAUUUAUCCUAGUUUCCCUGCGUUUCUGAGACUUGUGUUUAACAGCAAUGUUGUUUCUGCACUGUGCUGGUUAAAAACUAAGCCUUCUUAGAUUUCACUAAUUUUAAUAUUAGCUGGGUUUUUGUUGUUGAAAUAUUAAAAAAGUGAAUCCCUCUUGUAAAUAGCAUCCUUUUGAAAGGGAAUGUGCUGGGUGUUUUGUUUUAUUUUUUCUCCGUUUGAACCUAACACACCAAAUGUAUAGUGGGCUGAUUUUAGCUUUGCCUUUUAAGUUCCUCUGUAGAUAAGGAAUACACCAAAUCUUUAGCGUUCAGGUCUCUGUUCUGAGACUGAUUCUAGUACAGGGCUUAGUUCUCCACAGUGAUACUACUGUAAAUAUUACAAAAAGUACACUUCACUGUGAUAUGCAAGAGUUAUAACCAGUGCUAAUGAUGAUGUCUGAGAUCCAGGCACAAAAUGGCAAAAGAAUUGCCAGACAGCUCCUGCGUGAAGGCAAAGACAGUUUCAGCGGGAGACAGCCGUGUCGCAGGGUAGGUCUCCUGCCUGGGAUAAUUUGCAGGGCGAAGAUGAACCAUUUAUGAGGGUGGUCGGGGUCAGCUGUCCAGUGAUACCAUGUGAAGCCACUGGCUGACUUACCUUCGAACCGAACGGAGAAGCAUGUUAAUACGUGGUGGCUCUCAGGGCAGUGCAUUGGCAGCUGUCGAUGAUAAUGAUUCUGGGAAGCUUUGUCCUCGUUGUCUCAUGGAGGAGCUGUUCUGAGCUGGGGUUAAUUAGAAACCAAACUAUCGCAGAUUUUAAAGUUUACUGUAAAUUUAAAAAGCAGGGAUCUGAUUGGCUUUUUCUAUAGUUUACUUGCCACGUCAGUACGAGUCAUCCUUCAUCCAGCAGUCUGAUCAGUAAAGAUCAUUAAUUUGUUAUAACUAAAAUGCAUUUCCAUUUGAAUGAGUUUUAAUGUUUGUAACCAAAAUUAAGUCCUGCAAUAUUUCCUUUUCUAUGUGGAAACUUUAGGACUAUGCUUUGUGGUGGCUUCUCCUGCUGUUUCAACCUGCUGUGUAAAUAUACGUGGCAUCAUUUAGGUGGUGUUCCUCACAUCUUUUCUGGGAUAUUCCACACGUGUUUCAGAGAACCGAAGGAGUUAAAUAAGUUACUUUUUAUACUAUGGUAAAACUUGAGGGGAAAAAAUGUGUUCAUCAAGUUCUUUUUUCAACUGUACAUAGUUUCUGCAUAUUAUCUAUAGAAAAGAUAUAAUAUCACCUAUGCAAGGUGCAAAAUCAUCUCUUAAAAAGAGCCUUAUGAAUUUGUUGUGAAAACCUAUGCAGCCUCCAUGCAUCUUGCAUUGAAACACAGUUAAUUAUUUCUUCACUUAGUAUAAACAUUUUCCCCCCAAUUACAAUCAUCACUGAGAUUGUUAGAACAAACUUUUUGUCACCGAUCUUCAUGGUUCUAUGGCAAUUGCAGCUUAUAUGAUGAUUGCAGCCUUUUAAAUGAGUUACUACAUUUCAUUCUUGUAAGGAUGUCUCCAGGCUGACUCCUUUCUCCUUCCCAGCCCUUGCAUCUUGUAUUUCAACAAGACCUAGCUUCUGGUUUACCUUUUACUUUGGAGCUGCAGGAAUCAGGCUGCAGCUCGCUUCCAUGUGCAUUCCACCAAGCUCAUGAAUUUGUUGUAGCCCUUGUAUUCGGACAGCAUCUUUUCACACUCUACUUGAAAUGGAUAUUUUGAAAGAGCAGUGACUCUGAGGAAGUUUAGAGAUCCAUGUUCAUGUUUGAUUAUAGAACAAUCCUUGCACUAUGACCUGUAGCUUUUUAGAAAUUUCUGGAAUCUACUGGUUGAAUGAAGAACCUGACAAAGCCAAACAGAAUUUCACUUGGACCAGAUGGGUUUCAUGCUUGAGAAAUGCAGACCUCCUUUGUCUGCUAUUAGAUGUUCGAGACUGAAGCUAAGAAGCAAAGAAGUCUGUGCCAGGAAAAUAAUGAUAAUAUAAAAAAAGAACCUACCUUGUCUACUUUUUGGUGUACAGCAUGAUAUCAUCCACUGUUAUGUCUUUUGUUAAAUAUAUAAUUAAAAUUUGAUUUCAGUGGAGUUUCCAAAAAUGUAAGUACAUUCCUCUGCAAACUAUGUAUUAAGUAUUUUAAUAAAGUCAAUGGUUUAAAAUA